CCUGUGACCAUAUUUGGGCGAGCAUCGGUGGCGCCUGAGCUCGGGAAGCAAUUGGAAACAUCAAAAAUGAGCUUUUGCCCGUCUUCUAUCGCAAGAAAAAGCCUCCGCGCGUUGUUGUCGCCGUUGAGUUGAUUCGCCUCGUUGACGCAAGGGAAAGGCGCGCGCUGCCGCCGACGGGGACCCGACCCCUGAUUCUCAGGAACUCUGACACACGCAGCUGCAGGAAGAAGAAGAAGAAGAAGAAGAAGAAGAAGAGGAGGAAGAAGAAGAAGCCACACAUUCCUCACUGGAAAGCUGUCCGGAGACACAGUGAGACACCAUGACGGCGCUGCUGGACCUGAAGAGUAGCGUUCUGAGGCAGGUGCAGAGGAGCCAGUCGCUGAGGAGCCGAUGGGAGCCGCCGCCGACCCCCAGCAGCCCCCUCAAGCACUCCUCUGACCCCUUACCUCGCAGGAUCUCCGAGGAGAGCGCGGAGUUUUUCGACCGUGUGAAUGCCAUCCUUCAGAAGCAGGAGAACAUGCUGCGGGCGGCUCAGGCCGAGUGCGAAGGAGAAGCCUGCACGGCGCCGCCGCCCCAGGAGCACGUGGACCAGGCUUUUAUCCCCGACAGGAUCCGAAGGACUGAGCUGGACCUUCUUUAUGAGGAAGCUGUGUACACGGUGGUCAACCGGGUGGGAGUGCCGUCACCUGAACACGUGAAGAGUGAGGAGGACCUGUUUGCUUACCUGCUCAAGGUGUUUGAUAUGGGCGAAGAGGAGCAUGACAUCAUUCUCCAGAAAGUUCAAGCGUCCAAGCGAGCCAGUUUCUCUCUGAGAGUUUCCGUCAUGAAGGCAAAGAAUCUGAUGGCCAAGGACGCAAAUGGGUACAGCGACCCCUACUGCAUGCUGGGAAUCCUGCUGGGCCAGAGCCCGCGGGAGACGGAGGAGAGGAAAGAGCGGAAGUUCAGCUUCAGGAAGAGAAAGGAGAAGCUGGAGAAACGCUCCAGCACCAAGGAGGUGCUGCCUGCCAGGUGCAUCCAGGUGACCGAGGUCAAACCGGAGACCCUCAACCCCGUGUGGGACGAGCACUUUGUCUUCGAAAUUGAUGAUGUCCACAAUGACCUCUUACAUCUGGACAUAUGGGAUCACGACGACGACGUGUCCGUGGCUGAGGCCUGCAAAAAGCUCAAUGAGGUCAGCGGACUUCGAGGAAUGGGCAGGUAUUUUAAGCAGAUCGCGAAGUCAGUGCGCUCCAACGGAUCCGCGUCAUCGGGCUCGGAGGAAAACGCCGAUGACUUCCUCGGAUGCAUCAACGUCCCUUUGAGUGAGUGCCCAAUUGUCGGCCAUGACACCUGGUUUAAGCUGGAGCCUCGAUCAAGUACGUCCAAAGUCCAGGGAGAGUGUCACCUGAUACUGAAGCUCUUCACCAACCAGAGGGACACGGCUUUUUCUAAGACCGACUCUAACGUCUCUAUUCACAAGAAACUCCUGAGUCAGAUUGUGGAGUAUGAGCACGCUCACGUUAAGAGAGAGCCGUACAACUGGAACGGGCAGGUUUGCCCCGCGGCGUGCACGGUGCUGACGCACCACGCCGCGCAAACGGACCUCUCCCCCCUCCAGCAGGCCGUCAUACGCUGGCAGUGCUACAGCAGCCACCAUCGCGGCCAGAGGGUGUGCUACUCCCUGCUGCUGAGCCUCCUGAGGACCAUCGACGCCGAGUGGGACCCCUCCGCCGUGAGGGGGGAGCUGGAGAGGCAGCUGUCAGACAGCUUCAGGCUGUACACGGAGCACUGCCUGUGCCUGAUGAAGAACAUGCGCCAGGUUUUCCCCUGCACCAGCGCCGCUGCCAUUGCGCGCUACGAGCUCAUGCUGAGGGGGGUCGGCUACAUGCAAAACAUGCCGGCGUUUCAGACCGUGUGCCCCCUGAGGCACGACCUGCAUUUGGACAUCACCGCGGCUGUCAAGAAAGGAACCGUGGAGUGGUACGAGAGCUUAAUCGCGCAGUUCAAACCAGAAGACGGGACCCUGGAGGAGCAGCUCAAGAAGCUGGUCCAAGUGGUGGACGCCGUGUGUGCAGACGUGCAGAGAGCCCAAAACGUUUACAACAAACUCUUCGACAGUACCGUGAAGGAAGAUUUCUUCAGCAUAUCCUACAGGCAGUUGGAGAAACAGGUGGCCGAUGACGUGAACGUGGCAAUGGAGCGUGUCUGUGGGACUCUGGAGCAGGAGAGCUCCAGGCUGACGCAGGCCAUGGGAGAGACCAUCUUUGAGCUCUUCGUGUCCUUAAAAAUCCUCAAAGGCUUUCGGGAGUUUCUUCCUCUCAAGGACGCCAAGAUGCUGGCCCUGACCGGCUCCCACAACUGGUUCAAGUCGUCGAUCCACAAGUGGCUGCAGAUCGUUCACGAGCGAUCCUGCGACCGGAUCCGUAACGCGGUGGAGACGGACAAGCUGGAGCGCGCGCAGCAGGCCAAGCACAGCGCCUCCGCCGUGGAGGUGGCGACGUGCUUCAGCCAGGUACGCGAGAUGUGGCUCCAGCUGGCCUGGCCGGACUCCGCGGGGGCCUUCAUCUUCGUCACCCGCCUGACGGACAAUUUCUGCAGCGAGGCGGUGUGCUAUUCGGAGAUGAUAACACGAAAGAUCGAGAGGAACCAGCUGGGGCAAGACCACAAGAGCUUCACAGUGCAGCUCUGCGUCGGCCUGAACAACACGGAGCACGCACGCGUUUUCCUGGGUCACCUGCCCCGGGACCUGGACUGGCAAUGCUUGGAGCGGGCCAUGGAGGAGUCCUGCGGGGCGGAGGGCAAGGAGCAGGUUUACAAGGCCCUCAACGGGCAGCUGGUCAACAUGGACCUGGACCUGCAGAGGGAAGCCAAGCGGCUCAUCGCGCUGCUCACUGACAAGAUGCUGCCUGAGCUUCGGAGGUACAUCCAGCACAUCAGCUUGUCUCCAGACUCCAUCAACAACGACGACGCGGUUUCGCCCCUCAUGAAGUACUUGCAAGACACCUUGGUGAUCCUCACUGAGAACCUGGUGAAGGAGAAUCUGACGAGGGUUCUCCAGAGCCUGUGGGAGCUGCUGCUGAGGAUGAUCCUGGACGCCAUCGCGGAGAACGCGGGCGUUCAGGUGGAGUUCUACAACCGCUUCCAGUACACGGUGGAGACCCUGUUGCAGUUCUUGCAUGUCAAGGGAGAGGGCCUCUCCCUGGAGGACAUGAGGAGUGGAGACUACAAGGUUCUGGACGAGGAGCUCAGAAUGAAUAAAUGCUCGUCCUUCGAGCUGAUUGAACAGUACUACCUGGAGAAGAUUUCCCAACAGAAAACCCUGAAACAUACUCGCUUCGGCCGGAUAAGCCUGAAGUGCUACUACGACGCUCCGGAGCAGAGACUGACGGUGGAGAUUCUGCACGCCGCCGACAUCAUCGCGCUGGACGCCAACGGCCUGAGUGACCCGUUUGUCAUCGUGGAGCUCUGCCCCCACCACCUGUUCCCCGCGGCCAAGAGCCAACGCACGCAGGUCAAGCUGAAAACCCUGCACCCCGUGUUCGACGAGCUCUUUCACUUCCACGUCAGCCCGGAGCAGUACAGGCACAGGUACGCCUGCCUGACCUUCACCGUGAUGGACUACGACUGGCUCUCCACCAACGACUUCGCCGGGGAAGCCGUGGCCCCCCUCAGCGACUUCUGCUGGCCGGGGAGACCCAGCGCCUCGGCGGCGGGCAAGAGCGUCCAGCCCGUCAUCCUGCACCUGUCCCGCAGUAAACCCAGCGAAAAGCCAAUCAUGAGGAUGCUGGACGCUCGCGUCGGGGACAAGGAGGCUCAGGAGUUUGUCCGCAGGCUGAAGGAGAUCGAGAAGUCGAUGGAGGAGGAGUAGGAGCCGUCCGCGCCGCCUGUGCUGCUGUUUUCCGACCACGUCUUGCGACAUGUGCUUUUGUACCCGGUGCGAUGUUUACAAUAUUGGAAUUUUUUUUUUUUUUUCCAACGUCACUGUUUGUUCAGUAACUAAAACCAAAAUCAAAAGAAAAAAAAGGGGGGGUAAACAGUGGAGCUUAUUGCUGUUUUCUAAGUGAGCUGAACAUCCUGUCACUGUGCAAACCCUUCGCUGUCUCAGUCAAACUAUAUUUUAAAACGUAACGGAUAGUUGAUCCUAAAUGUUUACCAGUCUAUAUCUUUUGUAAUGAGGUAAUUGUUAUCUUUGUUGUACGAUCUUUGAUAUGAUAGAUUUAACAUUUCAGAACUAUUUUGUGGAAGUAGCUUAUGUAUCCAACAGUGUCCUAUAGAGUCUAAAUCGAUACCUCGGAUAUGCCCGUUGGUCGCAGGGGAGUAACCAGCACCGUGAAAGCCUAUUUAGGACGUUCUUAUACACCUCCAAGGAAACCGUGAAGACAUAUAUAGCUGUAGGGGGAUUGCACUUUCUGAGACAUCUCAGAGACCCCCCCCCCCACCCCCCGAGGCAGGAGCCGCAGCUCGGGUUCAUUCGGCUCUUCACAUUGCUCUUCUCGAAGCUCGCUAUGGGUCAUCGAAGAGGCCAAAAAGCAUGCGGAGGAGGACCCAUUCUUUUAACUCAGUUCCUUCUCGCUGUCUGACACCAGUGAGCCAACAACAACAACAACAACAGGUUUUGACCCCCAGGGCGGCAACAAAGGAUCUUGGGAGUGACGCCCAGUCGAUAAAAAGCCUCGCACACAACCUCCAUAAAACCACAGCGCGUCAUUUAGGAACGCUGAAUAAACACAUACACCUAAAUAUUUAAAAGACAUUUUGUAUUUCACUGUUGAUUUCACCUAAAUAUUUCACGUUUUAUUAUUUUCGUUAACGCAAACAAACCAACCCCAAAAAAUGAACCAGAUUUUCCUAUUUUUCCGUCAUUUAUGAAUCUGAAAUUGAACAUCAAUUGUCACAACGAUUUUCCUGUGGGAGAUGAAGCUAUAUUCAGAGCCAGUCAUGCGUUUACGGUAAUGGGGGAUACACCAGGAGACCCUGGUGGCCGAUAAUUGAAAAGGAGAAGAUACAUUGUCCCCGGAGAUGAGGCCGUAUGCUGCACCGCGUGCGUCCAGAUGGAGGCCCGAUUCCAGCAAAAUGAGCUCAUGUGGCGUUCAGAGGAUCCGGGAACAAUCAUAGAAACGCGACCAAGGCUCUUUAGAAUCACAGCUUUGGGUUAUUUUGCGGGAGAACAGAAUUUCUGAUCUGGGUUUCGAUUUCUCUCGAAAGGUGAAGAGAAAUGAGAAAAGCACAGUGAACCCGUGCAGCGGCAUAAUUACUCGUUAGGGGUCAAGUAAGACCUGUAGCAGCUCUCACGUGACCACUUUAAUUCAAGUUCACCCCUCACCAGUCCUCCAAAGCUGUGUGACCGAAAGGUUCAGAUAAUAACGUCUUUGCAAGAAGGAAAUAACUGUCCAGCUGAUGGGGAUUACCAGGAAUUAGGAAAAUGAAAAAUUGUCACGCAAUUGAGGGAAUCUAUUCAUGGUUAUGGUUGAAACUCGAGAACAGUUAAUAUCGUCUUAAAGAGUAAUACUACUUUUCCUCUUGGAAUACCAAACGCUGGACUAAUGAGCUCGGCUUCAGUCCGCUGUGAGAGUCCCUGAAGGAGGUGUAAAUCACCUGUACGAGGCAAAGAAUAGACCAAAAAUAAUGGAACCAUUAAAAUAUGUAUCAGUCCAACUCGGGUUUUCAAACCACAGGUUUCAUUUCAGCCCCUCGACACCGAGCGGAAGCCUGAACUUCUCUCAGGAAAUCGAGUGCAGGACUGACUUGAGUUGAUCCAUAGUCCCAAUUUAGGCUCAAUCACAGUCCAGAGAACAGACCCCUUACUGUCACAAAUGUAGCGUAGCGUGUACACUGUUAAACCUUUAAUAAGAUAUGCUAUCAAAACUAUGUAAACUCCUGUACUUAAAAAACAAAAAAAAACAAAAAACAUGGUACCUGAUGUUGAGUUUGUCUUUGCACGUUAAAAAAAAAGCUUCUUAGUGAACACAAGUCGGGUCUUUUAGGAGUCGUUGAAUGUGUCUCUCGUGUUGUGCCUUGAUUGACGAGACGACAGGACCACGGGACGCGGCGCGGCAGGAGACACAGUAGCUGCUGGCAGGGUGCUCUGUGGGGUCCCUUCAGUCCAUCUGGACCGACAAUGUUUUAUCUGAGAUUUUAAAAGUAGCGCCCUGAAACCCAUCCUGCAGGUCGUCCCCCUCACGAAGGCCGACCCGUAGUUAGAUAACCAAUGGCUCUUUCGAGGGAUAUAAAUAUUCUUAAUCCUUACUGAUGUUACGGACCAGAUCUUUCUGGGCAGAUGUUUACAGAAAUACAUUCAACCUCACGUUUUACAGAAUUGAAAACAAAAACUAAUAUUAGGUUAAAAUGAAAAUGGUCGCGUUUAGACUUUUAGAUGGAAAAUCCAGGUUGUUGGUGAGCGAGGCAGUGUUUUUCCCAGUCAAUGCAGAUGUCUAUGUUCGGUAUCGUAGACGUCCUUUUGUUGCCCCCAAACAGGCAACAUGGUCAGUAUUAGUCGAGUACAUUUUAUUCUGGUGAUUUUCAAAGAUUCAAAUAAUGUAUUUUAGUCUUCAAACGUUCAGUGCGGUCAGUUGUUUUAUUAUAGCAUUUAAGGGAAAGGAUAUCAGACUGUGAAUUUUCAGAAAAUCAUCAAAAUGUUGUUCCUGUCAGCUGGUAUGCUUUAAUUAAGGUACUAAUAUAGAAAUAUAUACCACAAUAAGUUUCAAUUUCAAGUCAAGGCAAAAGCUCGUGAAAUGCAUCUUCGAGCUGGAAAAAUACCUUCAAUUUGUUAUCGUAAAAGUGAAUUAUUUGUCCUUGAAAUGUAAAUGCCUGUGUCGCUGUUUACUGGAUUAAACCUUUGGAAGAUGUUUAUGACCUUGAAUAAAGAUUGUAUUUCAAUUUGAA